AUGACCAAGAUCGCGAUCGUUGGUGAGGGAGUUGUUGGGUGCUCAACCGCACUGGCAUUCUUGGAGAAGUAUCCAAAAUUACAGGUGAUAAAAUAGUAAUAUGGUUGGAGAGUGACAGUAAUAUUUUUGUAGAUUACUUUGUUUUCGAAUAAGCCGUUUGCUGACACCUGUAGCUUUGGACCGGGGGGAUUAUUUCGGUUGGACAAGUAUGAGGCCAGGUAUGUUCGAAUCCAAAUUUGAGGGCUUUAAGAGUACCUGAUCCAGUGGAAAAAACGCACCAUUUUGCAUCCAGGAAGCACCAAAAAAUGUGUCAAAAUACCUCCAUCUCCAAGUGAAAAAACUCAGAUUUCAAAAACGCGCCCGCUCUUUUUUGUGGGUUAAAAGGGCGCACCCUUGAAAAAGAGGUUUUUUCACUUGGAGAGGGAAGCAUUUUGCCACAUUUUUGAUACUUCCCGGAUGCAAAACGGUACGUUUUUUGCCACUGGAUCAGGUCCCACACUGUGGUAUCGAUGAAGAUUCAUAUAUUCGAUUACUGUCAUCUCUUUCAGACCAUGGGCUCGCAAGAGUUUCGAGAGAUUCGCAUAUCUGGAGAAGACCUAUGGUCAUGAAUGCGGCGUUAAACUUUUAUCAGGACACAUCCAAUCGGACAAUCGAGAACUCCUUGAACAUCAGGUGAGAGGUCUGACGGAUAUAAGCAACGUUUUCAGGAACGAAACAUGGCUGAUAUUGUCUACAAUUUCCGCUGGUUGGAUGACAGAGAACGGAACUCGAUGUUUGUAAACCCGUCAAAGUACUGUAUACAUUACACUGCGUAUGCAUCGGAAGGACGAACGUAUACUCCAUGGCUGAAGAAGCAAUUACAAGGAAAGGGAGCCGAGUUUGUCACAAAGGAGUUCAAAAACUUGGACGAGGUGAGAUAACGGAGUUAUUCUCUAUUAAUCCACAUAAUUUUAUAGGUUUCUUCUCUUGGAUUCGAAUACGUUAUCAAUUGCGGAGGUGUGAAAGGGGGAGAUCUGGCUGGAGAUGAUACCGAAGGCGUCAAACCCAACCGAGGAGUGGCUAUCGAGGUACGUUAUAAGGCUAGGCAUCUCAAUCAAUCGAUAGGUCCAUGCUCCGUGGCAAAAGCACUUUAAUUAUCGCGAUUUCUCCACCUUCACCAUCCCCAUGAACAAUUCGGUUAUGAUGGGAACGAUACGACAAGACAAUUGUACAGACUUGACCGUCACCGAUGCUGAUCGAGAAGCCAUUUGGAGUAGGUAUGUGGCUCUGGAUCCCAAAUUCAAAGGAGCCAAGGUCUUAUCGGAAUGGGUUUCAUUGAGACCGGAGAGGAAAACGAUUAGAGUUGAAUAUCAGAAAAGGCAGAAUAACGGAAAGGAUUAUCAUGUAAGGCUUAAUCUUAUAUCCCCAUAUUAGAAUAAGUCUAAUAUAUCAAACGGCAACGUCAAUUUCAGGUGGUUCACAACUACGGUCAUGGAGGAAAUGGGUUCACCCUUGGAUGGGGAUGUGCUCUUAGCGCUAUUGAAUUGCUUGAACCGCAUCUGACCCUUUAA